UCCCUUCCCGUCGCCGUGGUCUCUCUCGUGGAGAUUCGAUGGCGCUUCUCUCGCGAAGAUCCCUAAGCUGCGGCGUUCUGCUGUUCGUCUCCCAAUUCUUAUUCCGGGUACAUGGUUUGUCCAAGGAGAGUUUGCUUGGACGAAAUAACUUCCAACAACCAGAUGAAAACUUUGAUAUAACAAUAUCAUACAUGGAUGCUUCCGGUAAAUUUCAAACUCACAAGGUCAACUCGAAGACCCUAUCAUCAUCCUGGGUGUGGGAGAGUCCGGUUGAUGCAAACCAGAAACGGUUGGUCGUUGGACAGCUUCAAGAAGGCUCAUCUGAACAAACCGUCAAUGGUUCUAGAGAGAGUACACAGCUUUCCAUUGAAUAUAAUCAACAAUCCAGAACCAUAGAUCCAAUCAAGCUAAGGCGUCAGAAAUUGCGGGACGAACGGAGGGAAAAACGAAUAGCAGAGCUUAUUCAUAUGAGCAAAGAAACUGAAUUGCAGAUGCAAAACGCAGCCAUCGAACGUGCAAAAGAGUUUAACAACAUGAGAAGAGCAUGGUAUAGCAUAUGGAGGAAAGAAUAUAUUAAUCCUAACUCCGAUACCACUUUGAAACUUAUGAGAGAUCAGAAAAUAAUGGCCAAGGUGUAUGCUAGUGUUGCUUAUUCCACAGGGGAACGUGAUCUUUAUAAUUCCCUGACGAGACACAUCAAAGAAAUUCAGCGUGGUAUUGGAGAUGCAAAUUCAGAUUCUGAGCUGCAAGAGAGUGCACUUGAACAAGCAAAAGCUAUGGGCCAUGCCUUAUCCCUUGCAAGAGACAAGCUACUUGACGGUGAUGUCACUGCAAGAAAGUUACGGACCAUGCUUCAGUCUUUGGAGGAAAACAUAAACACAGUGAAGAAACAUAGUACAUUCUUAGUCCAGCAUGCUGCAAAGACAAUGCCUAAACCAGUGCACUGUUUAUCUUUACAGCUAACAACUGAUUAUUUCUUGCGCAACCAUAUUAACAAAGAAACAUUAGAAAAGGGGAAGCUUGAGGAUCCUUCACUCUAUCAUUAUGCUAUAUUCUCUGAUAAUGUGCUUGCAGCAUCGGUAGUGGUCAAUUCUACUGUUUUACAUGCAAAGGAACCAGAGAAACAUGUAUUUCACAUCGUCACAGACAAACUGAACUUUGCAGCCAUGAAAAUGUGGUUUAUUGCCCAUCCUCCUUUUCCAGCGACAAUCCAUGUGGAGAACAUUGAUGAAUUCAAGUGGCUUAAUUCAUCUUACUGUUCGGUUCUUCGCCAACUUGAAUCUGCAAGGAUCAAGGAGUACUACUUCAAAGCGAAUCAUCCAUCAUCUCUUUCUGUUGGAAAUGAAAAUCUGAAAUAUAGGAAUCCUAAGUAUUUGUCGAUGCUCAACCAUCUAAGAUUCUACAUGCCUGAGGUUUACCCGAAACUAGACAAGAUACUAUUUCUUGAUGAUGAUAUUGUUGUGCAAAAGGAUUUGACACCACUCUGGUUGAUAGAUAUGAAGGGAAUGGUAAAUGGUGCAGUUGAGACAUGUAAAGAGAGCUUUCAUCGGUUUGAUACAUAUCUCAAUUUCUCAAACCCGUUGAUUUCUCAAAAUUUUGAUCCACAGGCAUGUGGAUGGGCCUUUGGGAUGAAUAUUUUUGACUUGAAAGAAUGGAAGAAGCGAAAUAUCACAGGAAUUUAUCACUAUUGGCAAGACUUGAACGAGGACCGCAUGCUCUGGAAGCUCGGAUCGCUGCCGCCAGGUCUGAUAACUUUCUACAACCUGACAUAUCCUCUGGAUCGAAGUUGGCAUGUGUUAGGACUUGGAUAUGAUCCAGCAGUAAACCCUUUGGAAAUAGAGAAUGCUGCUGUCAUCCACUACAAUGGGAAUUACAAGCCAUGGCUAGAUCUUGCUUUCACCAAGUACCAGCCAUACUGGUCCAAGUUCGUAGAUGUUGACAAUCCUUAUAUUCAAGACUGCUACGGCAAUCAAUGAUGUUGAAGAAGCAAUCGUCCAUAGAUCCUUAUUCCAAUUUCUUUAAUAUUCUUUCCAAGCUGCAUUCUUUCCUCCACUCCACAGCUAAUGUUCGACGUUUCUACUGGUAAAAGAUAGGCUUCCAACCAGAUUCUGUUUCCCACUCUGUGGAUUUCUCAAUCUAAUCAAUCAUUGCCUGAAGAUUGUACAAUUUUCUCUUCUUUGGGCGUUUGUUGUGGUCAUGGAUAAAUCAAUGAGCCUUUGUAGAUCGAUCUCAUG